GGCCCUACGUAGGAAGAUAUUUGGCUUUCACUUUUGAGUAAACUUCGCUAAGAAGCUGCUAAAGUGUUUUAAAUUCUUGGAGCUACUAGAGCUUGGUGCGUGCUUUUGCGAUUUCUCUAUCUGGGUCUUCUUAGUCUAGCGAGACUUGUCCAUGGCAGAAUGGGAAGCUGGGACAUCUUCAAGGAGGGGAUCAACGUCGCGAGGGGCAGAGGAAGAUGAUGAUGACACUGUAUAUGUUGCAGUGGGUAAGGAUUUUGAAGAAAACAAAUUGAAUUUGGUCUGGGCAAUAGAGAAUUUUCCCGGGAAGAGACUUUGCAUUCUUCAUGUUCAUCAGCCAGCAAAAAUGAUCCACUUGGUCGGCGGAAAAUUUCCAGCUAGCAGACUUGGGCAGCAUGAGCUGAGGGAGUUCCAAGAACUUGAAAGGAACAUUAUGCUCAAGAUCCUGGAUGACUACGUUCUCUUCUGUGGCCAAUUAGAUGUCCAUGCAGACAAGGUCUCAAUUGAGAUGGAUGAUAUUGGGAAGGGGAUCAUAGAACUCGUAUACCAUUAUCAUAUUAAGAAGCUUGUUAUGGGAGCAGCAGCAAACAAACACUAUUCAGAGGAGAUGAUGGAUCUUAAGUCCAAAAAGGCUAAAUAUGUCCAGCUACGUGUGCCUCGUUCCUGUCAAAUUUGGUAUAUCUGCAAUGGAUACCUCAUAUGCGAAGGGGAUUCUACAUGCUCUACCACCAAUGGGUACAGGGACUCGGCUUCUUUUAUGCAGCAGAAAACAGACGGGAGUGGACUUGAGUUAGAAUUACAUGAAGUGUCUCUAUCUGAGGAAAACAGUUAUAAUCUCGACCAACUGGAAGAAAGUAGUAUUGAUCAACUUUACUGUCAACUGGAAUGUGCCAUGUUAGAGGCUGAAAAGUUUAAAAAACAAGCAUGUGAAGAGUCACUUAGGCGUGGUGAAGCUGAAAAGACUGCAAUUAAGGCUGUUCGCAGGGCUACAGCAUUGGAAAGCUUGUAUGCUAAGGAGUUGAGAUGUAGGAAAGAAAUUGAGGGAGCACUUGCAAGAGAGAAGGAACACCAUCAGAGGACAAAGAAUCAGCGGGAUGAGGAGAGAGUCAUUAGCAUGGAUCAGAAAUUAUUACAGCAUAUCCAAGUUUCAAAAUUUGAUGAAAAGUUAAAAGAGAUGAAUGAUGAAAGACUUUCUGCUGUAGAACAGUGCAAAGAAUAUAAGAGUGAAAGAGAUAAGUUGCAGGUAGAGCAUGACAAUGUUCUCAAAUUAGCCAAGGAGCUUGAGGAGGAGCUUUCAAGAAAGCAAGAAGAAGAAGCUUCAUGCUCACAAAUGCAUCCAUUUCUUUCUGACUUCUCUUUGGUAGAAAUUCAUGAAGAAACCUUCAAUUUUGACCCAUUAUUAAGGAUUGGGGAAGGUGGUUAUGGGAGCACUUACAGAGCUAACCUUUGUCAUACCCCAGUAGCUAUAAAGGUGCUGAACCCAGAGACCACACAAGGGCGUCUAGAGUUUCAACAUGAGGUCGAAAUAUUGGGUAAAUUGAGGCAUCCUAACUUGGCCAUUCUCAUUGGAGCCUGCUCAGAAGCUUGUGCUCUAGUCUAUGAAUAUUUACCUAAUGGAAGCCUUGAGGACCGGCUCAACUGUAAGGACAACACUGCACCCUUGCCUUGGCAAGCUCGAAUACGCAUAGCCACUGAGUUAUGCUCUGUCCUUAUGUUUCUCCAUUCCAGUAAACCUCACGGAACUGUACAUGGUGGUGUAAAGCCGGGAAAUAUUCUGCUUGAUGCUAAUCUUGGAUGCAAGCUCAGUGGCUUUGGAAUCUAUCGAGCACUCUCUCUUAGCGAAAAUUCAAGGACAACGAUACUUCCUCAUGUGACUGACUCAAUGUUCACUUUCCCCUACCUGGAUCCCCAUUUCCUUGAAACAAGAGAACUGUCUCCCAGUUCAGACACUUACUCAUUUGGAAUUAUAUUGUUACAAUUAUUGACAGGAAAAUCAGGCUUUAGAAUAAUAACCGAAAUCAUAGAUGAGAUAAAUGAGACAAAUCUAAGUUCCUUCUUGGAUCCCCUAGCAGGGGAUUGGCCGUUUGUACAAGCCUCACAAUUGGCUCAACUGGCUUUGAGAUGCUGUGCAAGGAACCGAAGUGGGCGACCAGACCUUGCAUCAGAUGUGUGGCGAGUGCUUGAACCAAUGAGAACAUUUUGCUCAGAACCAGUCCAAUUUGGUUCUGAAGAGAGUGAACAGCCUCCUUCCUAUUUCUUUUGUCCUAUUAUGCAGUUGGUACUUCAUUUGCAUAUGUUUGCAGGAAGUGAUGCAAGAUCCUCAUGUGGCAGCAGAUGGAUUUACAUAUGAAGCCGAGGCUUUGACAGGCUGGCUGCAGAGCGGCCACAACACUUCACCAAUGACAAACCUGGUGCUUGGCCACUUGAAUCUUGUUCCCAACCGUUCUCUUCGUUCUGCAAUUCAGGAUUGGCGGCAACAGCACCCCAAUGCCAUUUUCUAAGCUAGCUCUUGUCUGUCAUGAUCUCAUGUUCCCAACUGAUCUUCUUUGUAAUGCAAGAAAGAGCAGCAGCAGCAUUGAAGUAAUGUUCCCUUGUUUGUUCUUGUAUAGUUUUCUGUACAUAUUCCUUUUCUUUAUGGCAUUAUCAGCUUUGGUUGCAACAAGUGAUAAGAGAUUUGUGUGAGGACAAGGGGAGAUUUUGCAAGGUAUUUGCCUUUGCCUAUAAAAAGCCCAUUAAUCUAGCUCCAGCAUUUUAAUUAAAUGGGCUUGGACUUUACUUUUUAUUAAGUAGAGAAUCUACUAAGUGAAUGUAUAUAUUUUAAUGUCUAUCUAAUAGACAAGUACGUAUCAAUUUUCAUUUUUC